ACUCGCGCUCCGUCUGCGGCGCUGACUCGCUUCUGCUCGACCGGGUGCGGGCCGCCGAGAGCCGGAGCCGGUGAGCGGCGGCACCCGCCAUUCUGUCAGCGGGCGGGCAGAGGCCCGGCGGGCGGCAGCGGGCCCCGGGGCGGCGCUGCGGGUGGACGCGGGGCUGCAGCGCUCCUCCCGCGGGCGGUGGGCUCCGGUGGCCGCGGGGAGCGGGCCGGGGGCGGCGGAGGGGGGGGCGUCGCCGCGGGCCGCGCCCGUCAGGUCGGGGUGACGCUGCGGGGAUCCGCGCGUCCCGUGAGCCGCAGCCUCGGCCGCUGGGAAGUCGGCGCCCGGCGGCGGGCGGUGCGUGACCUACAUGCGGCGUGCGCGCCCGGGGCCGGGACGUUCGUUCGGUGCUUUUGGGACGCAGCUGCUCCUGUGUGCGCUGCGCCUCGGGGCACGGCGCCGUGCCGCCGGCAGCGCCCGCUGAACUUGUUGCUAAAGGUGCGCUGAGGUUUUGCCGCAUCUUCCAUCUCCGCCUUCUCGCCCGAGCGCGGCGCGCUACGUUUUCAAGUUGGGAGGGCAGGAUCGACCCGAAGCGUCGGCCGCGUUAUUUAUAGCCCGGCGGAACGCGGCUCUGUAGCGCUGCCGGCGGAACUGCCGCAGGGAGCGCCUUUCGUGGGCAGGGAGCGGCGCGCGGUCGGCGGGCGGCCCUUUCGUUCAUCCCGCACGCUCGGCGGCAGCCGGCCCGACAGCCCGCAGGACGCGCCGUGCCGGACUCGGCUCGCUUCCUCCGAGGGCGGCGGUGUGACCGGGGCAGCUCUGCUGCCUUUGGUUCUGGUUUUGUUCCACAGCUGUGUUUUCCUGCCCGUCUGACCUUCCCGGCGCCCGGAUCCUCGGCGGGGUCGCGUCCUCUGCCUGAGGUGAACUAUAAGCGAGCGUUACGAGCGCGCUGUCGCAGCGGUGGUGUUCCCGGUGUGGCUGUACCGAACCUUUGGUGCGAAUUCAUCGUUACCGAUUUGUAACGCUGUAGAGCUACAGUUAACUGUUUGCCGUUGCCAUCGCUUAAUGGCUAUUAGUGGCUAGCAGCAUUGGAAUGAAUGUGGCUCUGAGCGUGUCCUGACCUACUCAAGAUCCCAGCUGCAGUGAGUCUGUGGGAUAGAAGAUCUCUGAGGAACAAGCAGGUCACAAAUUCUUUUUUGAGGAAGACAGAGCUGUUCAGAACUCUCUCCAAAAAUGGCAGAAGCUCAUCAAGCAGUAGCAUUUCAAUUUACAGUAACUCCAGAUGGGAUUGACUUGCGAAUGAGUCAUGAGGCUCUCAAACAAAUUUACCUAUCUGGUGUCCAUUCAUGGAAGAAAAAGUUCAUCAGAUUCAAGUCAACCGCUUUGGUAUGAAAAAAUUAUGUGAAGGCUUUUCUUUCCAGAAUGGAAUUAUCACUGGUGUUUAUCCUGCUAGCCCCUCUAGCUGGCUUAUUGUAGUUGUGGGUGUGAUGUCAACAAUGUAUGCCAAAAUUGAUCCUUCUUUAGGAAUAAUAGCUAAAAUCAACCGAACCCUUGACACAACUGGCUAUAUGUCAAACCAAACACAGAACAUUGUGAGUGGAAUACUUUUUGGCACAGGGCUUUGGGUUGCCCUUAUCGUCACAAUGCGGUACUCCCUGAAAAUGCUGCUUUCCUAUCAUGGCUGGAUGUUUGCUGAACACGGCAAACUUUCUGCAGGCACCAAGCUGUGGAUGACUCUUGUAAAACUCUUCUCGGGACGGAAGCCCAUGUUGUACAGUUUCCAGACGUCUUUACCACGAUUGCCAGUUCCGGCUGUUAAAGAUACAGUCAACAGGUAUCUGGAAUCAGUCCGGCCACUUAUGAAUGAUGAGGAGUUCAAAAGAAUGGAGGGUCUUGCAAAAGAUUUUGCAUUUAACUUAGGACCGAGGCUUCAGUGGUACUUAAAGCUAAAAUCGUGGUGGGCCACAAACUAUGUGAGUGAUUGGUGGGAAGAGUAUAUCUACCUUAGAGGGCGUGGACCAAUAAUGGUUAACAGUAACUAUUUUGCAAUGGACUUCCUUCAUUUAUCUCCCACAACCAUACAGGCAGCUAGAGCUGGUAAUAUUAUCCAUGCCAUCCUGCUCUACCGGAAAAAACUGGACAGACAAGAAAUCAAGCCAAUUCUUCUGAUGGGAUCUACUGUUCCACUUUGCUCAGCUCAGUGGGAGCGGAUGUUUAAUACCUCCCGCAUCCCAGGAGAAGAAUCAGAUACUCUCCAGCACGUGAAAGACAGCAAACACAUUGUUGUCUAUCACAAGGGGCGUUACUUCAAAGUAUGGCUGUACCAUGAUGGCAGACUGUUGAAACCUCGAGAGAUUGAACAGCAGAUACAGAGAAUUCUUGAUGAUGAUUCAGAGCCUCAGGCUGGUGAAGAGAAAUUAGCAGCUCUUACUGCAGGAGAUAGGGUACCAUGGGCUAAGGCUCGACAGGCUUAUUUUAGCCGUGGAAAGAACAAGCAGUCCUUGGAUGCUGUUGAAAAAGCAGCAUUUUUUGUGACAUUGGAUGAUGAUGAACAAGGGUACAGCAAAGAAGAUCCAGUGAGCUCACUAGAUGCAUAUGCAAAAUCCUUAAUACAUGGCAGAUGUUAUGACAGGUGGUUUGAUAAAACGUUUACUCUUGUAGUAUUCAAAAAUGGCAAAAUGGGCCUGAAUGCUGAGCACUCUUGGGCAGAUGCUCCUAUUGUUGGACACCUGUGGGAGAAUGUGAUGGCAACUGAGUAUCUUGAACUGGGCUACUUGGAAGACGGACACUGCAAAGGAGAUACCAAUCAAAAUAUUCCUAUCCCUACCAAACUACAGUGGGAAAUUCCAGAAGAGUGCCAAGAUGUGAUCGAGAGGUCUCUGAGCACUGCUAGAGCUCUGGCAGAUGAUGUGGACUUCUAUUCAUUCUACUUUGAUGUUUUUGGGAAGGGGCUAAUAAAGAAAGCAAAAACCAGCCCUGAUGCCUUCAUUCAACUUGCCCUGCAGCUUGCUCACUACCGAGACAUGGGAAAAUUUUCUUUGACAUACGAGGCCUCUAUGACACGCCUGUUCAGAGAAGGCAGAACUGAAACCGUCCGGUCAUGUACCAUUGAAUCAUGUAAUUUUGUUCAAACCAUGGAGAACCCAAGUGAAAGUAAUGAAAAUAAGAUGAAGUCAUUCCGGCUUGCAGCCACCAAACACCAGCACUUAUAUCGUCUUGCCAUGACUGGUGCUGGCAUUGACCGCCAUCUGUUCUGCCUUUAUGUCGUUUCUAAGUACCUUUCUGUAGAUUCUCCCUUCCUCAAGGAAGUUUUGUCUGAGCCUUGGAGACUAUCAACGAGUCAGACACCACAGCAACACAUUGAUCUGAAGAAGAACCCUGAGAUGUUAUCUUCUGGUGGUGGAUUUGGACCUGUGGCUGAUGAUGGUUACGGUGUUUCUUACAUAAUCUUGGAUGAGAACUCCAUCCAUUUCCAUGUCUCCAGCAAAUUCUCUUGUUCUGAAACGGAUUCUCAUCGCUUUGGAAAGAACAUCCAAAAAGCAUUGGUUGACAUCAUGGGUUUGUUUCAACCUACUAAAAACUGUACCAAAUGAUCUGGGUUAUUGCCACGAAGCAACCUCCCAUCGUUGGGAUGGAAACUCUUCUGAACAGCGAAUGAAAGCAAGGUUUGCGGAAACACUAGCUGGUGAAGAAACUGAGUCACAAUCCUGUUGAUCUUCUACGAAAACCUUAGCCAUGGCUUGAAUGUUUCAUGAUUUUUUUUUUUUUAGUAGUUUGGAAGCAUUUAGUUCCACAAAGGGCAACUUUUGGAAUCUUAUCCGUUUCUAGGGAUGAAGUAUACCACUAUUGCACGAAGGCCUGUAUAUUCUAACUCCUGCAGUCUUCUCUUAUUUUUUUUCUCUUUCUUACAAUUAUUUGAGUCCACUCAUAUUCCAGAAUGGAAGGGAUAAAACAUAUCAAGUCUAAAACUCAAAGCCUUCAAAAGAUUUGAUUUCGUAUGCAUCGAUAGCAGAAUGUUCUUCAGAGUAUCUGCUGCUUUAUUGCAAGAAAUGACAACACUUCUGGCUGCUUACCUCAUUAACUACUUUAAAGGUAAUCUCUUCAUAAGAUUAAAAAAAAAACAACCCAUCAUCAUAACCUAGUGCAACACACCCAACUGGUGUGUUUCUUUUUCAGAAGAAGUAUGGAAGUAUGUGCUACAGUGAAGUAGUAAAAUAUUAUGCAAAUUAGAAGGUAUCAGACUUUUCUUAUUACUUACAAGCAUGUUUGCCACAUGAUUGAUUUCAUAUCCAUAUAAAUGGACCUGUGUGCUUGUCCAUGCCAGUGCCUUAGAAAAAGAAAUAUCCUAAACACAGGGGAAAAGCUUAUGCUGGGAGUUGGUUUUACAUUAUUUUUGUGGAGGGUAAAUAGCAAUGCAGAUCUAGUUUUGAAAUUAUAAAUUAGGUGGCUAUCAUUAGAAUUGAUUUUGCUUGUGUAUGGUGCAGCUGGGUUCAAAGCUCUGAUGACAUGAUCUCCUCUUACGUGGCAAAGACCUUUCUCUAGGAAGUGCAGGAAUAACUUUUCAGAGCUACAGAUAUUCAUGAUCUCAUUUAGCUGAGUGGUAUUAGUGAUUCGCUGAGAGAAGAGUUUCUGGGUCCUAGGGAAUGUAAAUAUAUUUAAACUCAAACCUGUUGGAUUAUCUAUGAAUCAAGGCUGCAUGUAGAAGCUGAGCAACUGUAGUUUGCUAGGUUUCAGCCUGCAAGGACCAGAAUUGCAUGGUCAGCUCUCUGCAUGAAACGGGCUGUGAAGGCAAUGGAAAAAACUCUUCUGAGAGUGGCCCUUUGUGUCAAGCAGUUUCUGAAGGAUGCAACAAAAAUGGGGGUGGGAAUAGGGCAGACAAAUUCACUGAGAAAGGGGCGUAUUUGUAAAUGCAGAAGUAAAAUGAUUACUACAAAACUGAAGCAACUUGGUGUGUGAUGCUACUCUUCCUCAAACUUCAUCGGUGUCAUUACUUUUUUAGGUCACACGAUACAGUGCACCCAUUAGGGCAAAUUUACUUUUCUGGAAGUAGAAGGUACACAAUAUUGAGUAAUACAGUAAAUGUUGCCCCAGAGCUCUGCUAAUUUUGAAAGCUCUUUGGGGAUGCUGUGAAACUUCUCAUUAGGUUAUUUGGAUUUCUUUUUCUGGCCAGUAUUUCUAACUUUAUAUGCCUCUACAUGGUGGUUGGUUUUUUUUGGUUUUUCCCUCACUCAGAUCUAGCUGUUGAAAUACCUGUUAUGUGUAUGUCUGAGGUGGAAAACCUCAACAGAGGUCCUAAAUACAUACAUAAGCAAAUACAUGCUUACAUAAAUAUAGGUCCCCCCCAUAGGAAUUGGCCAAAGACGCCCAUUAUUUGAUUGGAUGAAGUGUGUGGGAAAGGAGACUUUAAAAUAAGCCUUACUGCAGCUAACAUUCACCAAAUUACUGCAACGGUGUUAAAAUGAUGUAUUUUUCUGGAACUGCAGAAACAAUGCACUGUUUUUUGUAUUGACCACUGACCAGUCUGUGCUUAAAUUAACAUAGGGCUUCUAGGAUUUUCCAAAACAAAAUAUUUAGAUUUGACUCUCAGGUUUUAAAUGUUUCAUGUCUAAUUGUACUUAGUGCAGUUAUCAAUGCAAUUUUACAUUCUUAGAGUAAGUAUAAUUGGCACAGAAAGUUGUUUUUUUUAUUGUAAAUGUUUAAAAGAGUGGUGUUAAAUGUAUCUUUUUUCUUUACUUUUUUUUUUAAUUUGAGUUAGAUCAUAAUUCCUAAACAGGUAGGAUUUUAUUUCGUUCUUUAAGAUGUCAACGGCAUGUAAAUAAAAUAUGCUUUUUGGAUGUAAAUCUUAGAAAUCCACAGUGAAUGUAGGCUGUUAAUAAAUAAUUAAUUUAAAACUUGAUAUUCAGUAUGGUGUACAUACAGUAAAACUACUUGCUUUUUUUUUUUUUGCUCAAAAGCCAUAGGAAUGUAAUUGAAAUUACUUAGAACUGAAUGAACUUUCUAGUAUGGUGUACUUUAUUGUUAAUGUCUGUAAUUUAGAACAACUGUUCAUCCGUAACUGAACCUUGAACCACCUGUUGUGAGAAGAGUGCAGUGAGAAGAGCUCUGAGUGAGGGGUGGCUAGGUUUGGAUAACAAAUUAACCUGUUUGUUAAACACCUGUGUGGAAUUGAUCGAAUCCUUUAAGUACGAAUUUGCAGAAUUUAUUAUUUCAGCUAUUUAAUAUGAUGGAAUAGCAGAAAUUUGGUGCAUUUAGAGGCUGCUAUUGCCCAGGACUAAGGUUAUUCCAAAGUCAAUACUCUUUUAAGGGUUGGGCUUCUGAAGGACUAUGGAGGUGCGUGCAAGCCUGACCUUGAAAAUCAUGGUUCUAAUUCAGCCUUUGUACCAAUUGCUUUCUUGUAUAAAAUGUAUUACUUUAAGCUGUUUUUUAUCUUGUUCGCUUACUCUACUUCUGUGGCUGGUUAUUUACACUCUGUAGUCUGUCCCAGUGUUCUACCCUCUUCUGUGACUUCCAAAAAUAAAAUAAAGUUUCACAAUUACCACUA